UGCAAACAAAAAUGUCAAAUUUUUAAAGAUAAAUUAGAAUUUUGGGUUUAUUUUGAAUCUGAUACCAUAACGAUGGCAUCUGGCUUUUCUAAUACGCAACCAACUGCACAUUUGCUGCAAGGAAGCGACCAGAAUACAGUUGAGAACCUGUCUGAAGUGUUUCGAUGUUUUAUUUGUAUGGAAAAGCUUCGAGAUGCAAGACUUUGUCCUCACUGUUCAAAGCUGUGCUGCUACACAUGUAUCAGGAGAUGGUUAACAGAAACUAGAAUGCAAUGCCCACACUGCAGAGCACCACUGCAUGUCAAUGAACUGGUGAACUGUAGAUGGGCAGAGGAAGUGACGCAACAAUUAGAUCUACUACAGCAUACAGUACCACUGAAAUCAGAGGGCGACUCAGAGCAAUGUUCAGAACACAAGGAAAAGAUCAGUGUAUAUUGUACAACAUGUAAACAGUGUAUUUGUCACCAAUGUGCAUUAUGGGGUGGAAAACAUUCUGGGCACACCUUUAAACCAAUAGAUGGGGAGUAUGAUGAACAUCUACGGAAGGUAAUGGAGGAGUUGAGCUCACUGAGAAGGAGAAAUAUUGAAUUGAUAAGCCUUGUGCAAGAUGUUGAGAGAAAUAUUGAAAGUGUUAAAACAGGUAAAGAUGAGAGAGUACGUGAAAUACGGAAUGCUGUGGAGCUGAUGAUAGCUAGACUAGAGUCACAACUCAAAAAUAAACUACAUCUACUGAUGGGUCAAAGAGGUCGACUUACACAAGAAACUGAGUUAUUAGACUCAUUAAUACAGAAAGUAGAGAGUCAAGUGGCUCAUAGCAGUAAAGCUGAACUUAUCAAUAGAAGUGACGAACUACUUGCCAUAUUUAAACAGAUGCAUAGACGACCUAUGGCAUCAUUUGUGACAGCUCCUGUACCGUCAGAUUUCACCAGUGAGAUUGUACCUCCGUAUGACAGUAGUACAUUUGUGAUGAAUAACUUUGGAGCAUUACAGCAGAGGGCUGACCCUUUCUAUAGUCAACCUCUACAAGUUAAUGGUCUUAGCUGGAGACUUAAAGUUUAUCCUGAUGGUAAUGGUGUAGUGAGAGGAAACUACCUGUCUGUUUUCCUGGAACUAUCAGCUGGACUACCAGAAACAUCAAAGUAUGAAUAUAGAGUAGAAAUGGUGCACCAGGCAUCUAGAGAUUCUAGUAAGAAUAUUGUACGAGAGUUUGCCUCGGACUUUGAGGUUGGUGAGUGCUGGGGUUAUAACCGCUUCUUCAGACUGGACUUGUUGGCAACAGAAGGCUAUCUUAACACAGAGUCUGACUCUCUCACCUUGAGGUUUCAGGUUCGACCCCCAACAUUCUACCAGAGGUGUCGAGAUCAACAAUGGUAUAUUCACCAGCUAGAGGCUACCAACAGUCAGUAUUUGGCCAUGAAUAAUGAGUUAAAAGAGAGGAUAACAUUAGAAAUUUUAAGAAACAAACAUUCCAGCAAGAAAGGAAGUUCUAGAGAUUCACCUAUAUCACUGGUAGAUGAUGGUGUAGUAGAUAGUUUAUACAGUAAAUAUUGCCAUGGUGACCAGCCUGUAGGUAGUGGUGGAUGUGAGAUAGAGAUAGAACGUUCUGGUGGAGAGAGUGAUAAUGACAGUGAUGCUAGUGAGGAUUUGAGUCAGGGAGAGUCGCUGUCUGUUAGUCAAGAUGAAUUAGAAAGUUACUCAAUUACAGAAGAAAAUGAUGUUGAUGAGGAGAAUAUGUGUCUGGACAAUGAUGUUGAGAACUCUAUUAGAGAAACUCAGGAGAGUAAUAACCUGGAUAGAGAGACCACCUUGUCAAAUAUACCAGUGUCUAGUGCCAUGAAUAUACUCGAAAACAAGUCAACAAGGAGUGAUGAUGAAACAAUGCUUUUACAAUUUCUACAAGAUUCUGAGAGUCAGUGGCCCCGUAGGUCACGACCUACCCGCCAUACAACGCCAUCUAGUGCAGAUUUGCUGUUGAACAUGGAUCUAGGAUUUUAUGUUCCCCGACCUCCAGGAUCCACAUCAACAACAACAACCGGCACAGCUUCAGUAUCAGAGACGGCCGCAAGUCUGCUCUCGCCAAAAUCAGAUAAACCAAGCAGAUCUACUGAUACUGAUGUUCCAAAAAAGUCUAGUAAACUCCAUGGUUCAGCAUCUGCAGAAACGUUACAUGAUUUACAGGCCAGAUUUAACCGUUUAUCGGAGGCAGACACGUUAGAACAUAUUCAGGCACGGUUUAACGAGCUCGCUACAACAACAUUUAACACACUAGCUGCAGCAAAUGCUGCUGUAUCUAGUGAAAUAGAGGCACGAGCUAGAGCAAAUAUUGAGAAAAAUGAAAAGAAAUCUACUGGAAAUCACAGCCCAAAGUCCAAGUCUAAAGAUAGUUCUAGUUAUAAGCCACAUAGAACAAAAGAUGGCAGUAAAUCACCCCAUAGAGCUCAUUCCAUGGGUAGUCUUGCUGGUUUACACAAACAUUUUUGCCUGCAUAACACUGACCUGUCACUAGAGGAGGGACCACUUUCCGACCUUGACCUCUCGGGUGGAGCACUAACUGACCUUACACUUGAGGAGGGACCAUUAUCUGACCAUGACGCCACACCAGGCGGGGCACAGGGGUCAGGUAGACCUCAACAUAUAGAAAUACACAUACCAUCAAGCUUUUCUACUGAUGAUGAGAAAUCUGAGAAAACAGGGAAAGACAAACAUAGUAACAAUGAUCUAUUACUGGAUGAGGGACCACUUUCUGAACUUGACCUCUCAGGUGAGGCACUACCUGAUUUUACACUUGAGGAAGAUCGUGACCUCACAUCAGGCAGCAAGUCAAAGACGAAAAAGGGUGAGCAACCAAAGUCGUGGAAAGAUAGAGAAAAUAGUAAAACAAAGAAAGAGAAAACAGAAGAGCCCUCAAGUGGCGAGAGCUCAAGGGAAGCAACUCCUAAAGGGACAGAUGAUGAAAGUAGUAGUUCAGGAGGCCCUCUGGUAGAAUUUACUCAGACAGGGGCGGGUAACUCUAGGGAUGAUGAUGAUGACACAUCUGUAGUGUGAAAUGUUGCCAUGGUAACUGUUGCUAUAUCAACAACAAAGAAAGUUUUCUGACAAUACAAACUUUGAAGUUUCUGGGAAUGAUUAGUUUGCCAAAAAACACCCCAGAUCCUGAAUUCUGGUAGAUUUCAUAAUGUUGUUAGGAUGUGAUGAAAACUAUCAUGCUGUUACAGAAAUAAAGCAGUUACAGAGACAGUAUUUUGUUUUUACAAAAACUUAUAGCUUUCAGUUUUGUUAAUAUGUGAGUUGUUGUUAAUGAAAACUGCCAUAGUAACGAGUAUUUUGAUAGUUACCUAGACACCGGCCAUAUAUAAAAUUUGUGUUGUGAUUCAGUCAUUCAGUGUGGCAUUAAUGUGACAUCUUAGUUAAUUUACUACGCUUGUGUCUAUAACUAAAUUCAUUUGAGCCGCGUCUCAACAAAAACAAUAUAGUGCGUUUGCGACCAGCAUGGAUUCAGACCAGCCUGCGCAUCCGCACAGUCUGAUCAUGAUCCAUGCUGUUCGCUAUUAGUUUCUCUACUUGUAAUAGAGUUGGUAUCGAACAGCAUGGAUCCUGAUCAGACUGUGCCGAUGCGCAGGCUGGUCUGGAUCCAUGCUGGUCGCAAACGCACUAUGUUGGUUUUGUAAUGACGCUGCUCAAAUUCAUUGUGUCCAUUUAUUUGUUAUGAACAUGUCAUAAAGGCAUGUCCAAUCACGUCAGAAUACAGGUAUUAUUUUAGAGUUUAUUUAUUUCUUAUGCUGAAAUUUUACAGUAUAAACAAUUAUACUACCUGUUAUUAAAGAAAAGUGUAUGUCUAAAUGUGAUAAGCUUGUACUUGUGUAUGAUUGCAGUAUAUUAAGUUAGCUUCGUUUGACACAAUUACUCUACUGUAAGCAAAUCCUUUGUUUCAGAUUAUUUUUACAAUAUUUGUUUAUAAAUUUGAAGUAAUAUAUAACAUUUUCCUCAUUUUGAUUUGUUGAUUUUCAUGUUUUGUAUUAUAAGUUUAUAUAUGUUGUGCUAAUGUUUCACCUGUGAUAUACAUGUACAUAUUUUGUCAUUCUCACACAUUAGUUCAUUCUGUAAUUUCUGGGAUCUGGGGAGAAUAUAUAAUACACAAGUUCUUUGUUAUGCUUAUAAUAUCUUUGCCUAUUUAUAUAAUAGAUAUUUUUAACCUAAAAAAUGGUUAAUUUAUCUCCCCUUAAGUACAUUUGUAUAAUCAAGGAUAAUAUGACAUUGGAAUUGGUUUCAGAAUCAUAUCAUGUUGUGAUAUUAACUGAUUUGAGAAAAAAAGCAUAGGAAAACACAAUUUAUGAAAUUUCACUCCAAAUUAUUCUCCUCAAAAAUUAGUGCGCCAAAAACUUUUUCUCUUCAUGUGAGAAGUUCAUUUUGAAUUCUUCAUCGAUGUGUUAUAAAUGUAGUGUAUGUGUAUGCAUGUAAGUACUUGUGAUAUAAGACAAAGUGUUUGUGAUAGGAAUGAUAUUUAAUAGAAGAGCUUUCUUAUCACUUUAUACUGUAAAAUACACAGUUGAAGAAACUUUGUUUUUUCUAUAUAAAAAUCUACAAAUGUGACAAGAAAAAUGAAUAUAUGAGACAUCAUUAUAUGAAUUAUUAUUUAAAUGCUCUAAAUAAAAGAUUUUGGUUUAAAAUGUA